AUGGCGGCGCAAGCGGCCCUGAUCGCCGAUACAAUUAUUGGCAUGAAAAGAGCCUUACGAAGAGAGACAGAGUUUCCCGAUGAACCGAUCACUCAGCCGACGAACAGAGGCAACAAAUUACGAGCCAAUGCGAAAUACGUGCGUGAGGGCGCUCUAGGAUACAUCCAUCCAGAGCAAUCGUACAAGCAGAAAAUCGAACACGCCGGCUACACUCGCUACAUCCUUCAACGUAAUCCGGUGCGGUAUGAUUCGGAGGGUGACGAGCUUGAUGAGGAUGAUGAAGACUCGGAGGCGGAUGCGGCUGCUGCUGAAGAGAAUCCGUUUUCCGAAAUUGCUCUGGAAAAUCUCCUAUGUCCUCUGAAGCAUCCGUCGGAGCUGCCUACUCACCCUUCGUUAUCGCACGCUUACACCUCGAAGGCGCUUAGGAAUAUGACUCAAGCUGUUGAAGCGAAACUUCGACAGGAGCGCGCUUUGUUGUGGCGAGCAAGGAAUCUUCAUCGACAAUUUCUUGGGGAUGGGUCCUGGAUGCCUUGCGGAAUGUUUGAAACCGCGGAAGAUCGGUUUUUAUUCGAGCCUUGGACGUCUUAUGCGAUGCGCGGUUCACCAUUGGGUGAACAUGCGCCAAAUGGAGUGGUUGAUUCAGUGGCAGCAGAUAAAUCGAACCAGGAGUCGCCAGCGGCGCAGGCAGGAGGAAAAGAGGUUGAGAUGACGGAUGCUCAAAACAACGAGGCUGAGAGGGAGACGGACGACAACGUUAUGAAGAACGAUCAGUCGAUGCAACCCAAGUCCGAGGAAGUCGAUGCAGCUGUGACGGAUCUUCCCCCGCACCGAGACACCGCAAAUUCGGAACCACAAAUCAAUGGGCACAUCAUGACUGGUGGGAAGCAGGACCAUGACUCUGUAGCAAAUGCGGACCAGCGUCCUAACGGUGAAGAGAAAGGAAAGGCUCGAGCAAAUGACGAGCAAGGAGCGGAAGCCGAACAUCAAGACGAUCCACAAGGAGAUGAAACGGACAAGGACACGGAGAUGCAGGAUGGCUCAUCACCAGAGCCGCCUAGACGCAUGACUACGCGAGCGCAAGCGAAUGCUGCCAAUCCAGAACCCGACCAGGAUUCGGGCAACCUCUCCCCUUCCGCUUCCACCGACACACUCAACGCACUUCCAGCGCCACAUCCUCUAUUCCUCGUGCCUGAGUCUGUGCGACCUGAUCCCAACUUCGGAUUACCAGCCAACGAAGCCGAAGAAACGCGACGGCUGCUUUGGUCUUUUAUUCAGAAGCAAGAAGAGACCGUUCGAGGAUUCGAGCAUAUGCUUGAGUGCUUGCUCCGGGCGUGUCGGAUGAAGGAAGACGUCUUUGAGUGGUGUAAAGCGGAAGGGCACGUCGGGGAGUUGAGUGAUGGGGAGGACUGGUACGAUCCUGAAAAAUGGGGUCUUGCAGAAGGCGAAGAACUCAAAAAGGGGGUGGACGAAGAUGAAAUCGAAACGGUCGAGGAGAGCAGAGCAACAGGCAAACGAGGACGAGGUCGACGCGCUUAG